CUGGGCCGCCCCCCUAACCCCGCGUUGCCAUGACAACGGAGGCGCGCUGCCUCGGGAGCGAAGCGCUGGCUAAAGCAGGUGUCGGAUUGCAGCGCGCUCGCGGAGGCUCGGGGAUUGCGUGGAGCCUGGAAGCCUCUCAGAGAGCCUGACUACUGUUCCUCCACCUCCCUCUCGGACAGCUUCUUAACCGGCGGGGCUGCACUGAGUGAAAAUGGUACACCAUUCAGGCUCGAUUCAGUCUUUUAAACAGCAAAAAGGUAUGAAUAUGAGCAAGAGUGAGAUAGCAAAAGAAAUGUCAUUAAAACCAUCCCGGAGAUCCCUGCCUUGCCUUACCCAGAGCUACGCUUACUCAAAGAGCUUGAGCCAAUCUACCUCACUCUUCCAGUCAAUUGAGAGUGAAUCACAGGCUCCCACUACUGUUACCUCAAUCUCCGCUGACAAAGCAGAGCAAGUUAACACAGAGGAGGAUAAUAAAGACUCAGUGCUCAAAUGUUCUUUUGCUGACCUCAGUGAUUUUUGUUUGGCACUCGGAAAAGAUAAAGAUUACAUGGAUGAUUCAGAACAUGCUAAUUAUGACCGAUCUCGGCUUAUUAAAGACUUUGUUCCCAAAGGUAAUCCCGACAACAAGACAAGAUUGCCUAAGAAUGACAUGAAUUACAUAGCAUCCAGUGGACUUCUAUUCAAAGAUGGCAAAAAGCGGAUUGAUUACAUCCUGGUUUAUAGAAAGUCAAAUAUACAAUAUGACAAGAGAAACACAUUUGAAAAGAACCUCAGAGCAGAAGGCUUGAUGUUGGAAAAGGAGCCUGCUGUUGCAAACCCUGAUAUUAUGUUUAUUAAAAUUCACAUUCCAUGGGACACAUUGUGCAAGUAUGCAGAGAGGCUGAAUAUCAGGAUGCCCUUCAGGAAAAAAUGCUAUUACACUGACCGGAGGAGCAAAUCAAUGAGCAGUGUGCAAAAUUAUUUUAGAAGAAUUAAAAAAUGGAUGGCCCAAAACCCAAUGGUUCUUGACAAGUCAGCUUUUCCAGACCUGGAGAAGUCAGACUGCUAUACUGGCCCCUUCAGUCGUGCACGGAUUCACCACUUCAUAAUAAACAAUAAAGACACCUUCUUCAGCAAUGCUACCCGAAGCAGGAUAGUCUAUCACAUGCUGCAGCAUACUAAAUAUGAAAAUGGGAUAUCAAAAGUGGGUAUCUGUAAACUUAUAAACAAUGGCUCAUAUAUAGCAGCUUUUCCCCCACAUGAGGGAGCCUACAAGAGCAGCCAGCCCAUCAAAACCCAUGGACCUCAGAAUAAUAGACAUCUACUGUAUGAGCGCUGGGCACGCUGGGGAAUGUGGUACAAGCAUCAGCCACUGGAUUUAAUCAGGCUGUACUUUGGUGAGAAGAUUGGGCUAUACUUUGCUUGGCUGGGAUGGUAUACUGGAAUGCUGAUUCCGGCAGCCGUUGUUGGCUUGUGCGUUUUUUUCUAUGGAAUAUUAACAAUGAAUGCAAGUCAAGUAAGCCAAGAAAUUUGCAUGGCCACUGAAGUCUUCAUGUGCCCUCUCUGUGACAAGAACUGCUCACUGCAGAGACUCAAUGACAGUUGCAUCUAUGCCAAGGUGACAUAUUUAUUUGAUAAUGGAGGGACAGUCUUCUUUGCUAUUUUUAUGGCAAUAUGGGCCACAGUCUUCCUGGAGUUUUGGAAAAGGAGAAGAAGUACACUGACCUAUACUUGGGACCUUAUUGAAUGGGAAGAGGAGGAGGAAACACUUCGUCCCCAGUUUGAAGCAAAGUAUUACAAGAUGGAGAGAGUGAAUCCCAUCAGUGGUAAACCUGAACCUCAUCAGCCUUCCUCAGACAAAGUCACCCGUCUUCUUGUUUCUAUCUCAGGAAUAUUCUUCAUGAUCUCCUUGGUGAUCACCGCGGUAUUUGCGGUCGUGGUGUACCGCCUCGUUGUCAUGGAACAGUUUGCAUCAUUCAAGUGGAAUUUCAUCAAACAACACUGGCAGUUUGCAACGUCUGCUGCUGCUGUCUGUAUCAAUUUCGUAAUUAUUAUGGCACUGAAUCUUGCUUAUGAAAAAAUCGCUUACCUUCUCACUAAUUUAGAAUAUCCUCGAACAGAAUCUGAAUGGGAAAACAGUUUUGCUCUGAAGAUGUUUCUCUUCCAAUUUGUCAACUUAAACAGUUCUAUUUUCUAUAUUGCUUUCUUUUUGGGGAGAUUUGUAGGCCACCCAGGAAAUUACAAUAAACUUUUUGACCGGUGGAGACUGGAAGAAUGUCAUCCCAGUGGCUGUUUGAUAGACCUCUGCCUCCAGAUGGGAGUUAUCAUGUUUCUGAAGCAAAUAUGGAACAACUUCAUGGAACUGGGAUACCCGCUGAUCCAGAACUGGUGGUCACGUCAUAAAAUAAAGCGGGGAAUACAAGAUGCUUCCAUUCCUCAGUGGGAAAAUGAUUGGAAUCUGCAGCCCAUGAAUAUUCAUGGCCUGAUGGAUGAGUACUUAGAAAUGGUGUUGCAGUUUGGUUUUACCACAAUCUUUGUUGCGGCUUUUCCUCUGGCCCCUCUUUUGGCUUUAUUAAACAAUAUCAUUGAAAUCAGGCUGGAUGCCUACAAAUUUGUCACCCAGUGGCGGAGACCUCUGCCAGCCCGAGCAACUGACAUAGGGAUCUGGUAUGGAAUUCUUGAAGGAAUCGGCAUAUUGGCUGUGAUCACCAAUGCAUUUGUAAUUGCUAUUACAUCUGAUUACAUCCCACGUUUUGUCUAUGAAUACAAAUAUGGUCCCUGUGCAAGUGAUUUUGAAUAUGGGGAAAAUUGUUUAAAGGGUUAUGUCAACAAUAGCCUAUCCUUCUUUGACCUGAGUGAGCUUGGUAUCGGAAAAUCUGGUUAUUGCAGAUACCGAGACUACAGAGGUCCACCUUGGAGUUCCAAACCCUAUGAGUUCACCUUACAAUACUGGCAUAUCCUCGCUGCUCGAUUGGCCUUCAUUAUCGUGUUUGAGCAUCUUGUCUUUGGGAUCAAGUCAUUCAUUGCAUACCUGAUUCCAGAUGUACCAAAGAACCUAUAUGACCGAAUACGGCGGGAGAAAUACCUCGUCCAAGAGAUGAUGUAUGAGGCUGAACUAGAACAUUUGCAACAAGAGCGGAGAAAAAGUGGCCAUCCUGUUCACCAUGAGUGGCCUUAGUUGAUACCUGUUGCUCCAUAGGGGCAAUACCAUUCGUGGGAUUUACAAUCUCAAAUUCUAGGUAGGACCUGGGAGAAAAGCAUACCUGUGGACCAUCUAUGCUACCGGGAAAUGCAUCAGACCCAUCUCUGGGAUUUGGAAUAUCCAGGCUUUCUUCUAGGGAAGAAGAAAGUGAUUCAUGACUUUAAAAACUUGUUAGAUUGACAUCACGGGAAACCAGAAUCUAAUUCUCAGAACCAGCCUCAGGGAGUUGUGUUUGGAGACAUCCACCUUCCAUCAGUUGCAGUGUGAUAGGAAGGCUCACGGUGAGGUUUCUAGUGACAGAUUUCCAUGUAAAUUGUCACAAACCAGGCAUGACUAAGUAUCACGUGGUCUUCACACACAUAUGAAUCUGACUUUGGAACCUUAGGUUGAGUUGAGAUACUACCAAGAAAUUAUAUAAAUCAAUUAUUGCCUUUGCUGCCAGAAUUCCAUAUCCCUUCAACUUACAGGUUUAUAGGAAUUUCCCAUAUUUCUUACUGAAAUAUGGGUCUGUACCACAGGGAAUUUAUGCUGCUUUAUAAUGACUAUGCAGAAAGAGUUCUACAUGACCUUUAGUGGUCAAACCAAAAAACUUAAGAUUCCAAAAAAGAAUACCAUUCACCAAAAUGAUAUUCUGUUGCAUUAACUACAUUAAAAUCUGUUUCAUCACUGGCAGAACUGGUUGCACUGCGCCCCCCACCUUUUCUUCACAAAAUGCCAGUAGAGACACAUACAUAUAAGAUGUGGGUCUUUAUUCUCAUAACAUCUAAAACAUAACUGAUAGUUUACUGCAGAAAACUAUUUUAUAGUUUAUUUAAUUUUUCCCUCCCUGAUUUAUUACAACUCUCACAGAAUAACUUGAAAUGCUGUAAAUAUGUUGGUCUUCCUUGUACCUUUGCAACUUGACAAUAUGUAAUGCAAGUUACAGUUUAUGCAGCUCUGAGACCAGUUGCACAGUAUGCCUUUGUGAUGUGUUGAUUCAGGAAAACAGAAGCCAGAUGCUUUGCAGUACUUAAUGCUUUUCCAACAAUGUGCACUCUUGCUCGUGAACUAAUGAAAACAUGCAUGAAUAUAAAUUUUAGUAUUUGUAACACAAACAUACACACUAUUUUGCAUCUAUUUGCUUUGUAUCACUGAAAGGAGUUUUCUGUUAUUUCUUGGAUUGAUUUGGUUUAUUUUUGAAAACUCUCUAGAAACAGUGAAAUUAUUUGAGAAAAGCAUCAUUUUGCUUUGUUGUGGAGAUGCUAUUUCAGUGUCAACUCUGUAUCCAAGUGUGACCGUUCACAGACUGAUGAAGUAGGAAUGACAGGGCAUUCAACUAAAGACAGUCUGGUGGAGGCAUAAGCUACAGGGGCAUGAUGGCAAGAAGGAGAAGAGUUGGAUUAAGGGUAUGUGUGGUAGAAAUUGUGACACUUUUUCUUGCAAAACAAUCACAGCUAUCUCAGUUUUACUCCCCUGGGAAUGGCAUAGGGAAUCCCUUCCUUUCAUACACACACACACACACACACACACACACAAUGAUUAUUAUUUGUCCAUUUAAUAUUUGUCCAAUUAAACAAAGCAGAGUUACUAACAAAAUUUAUAAAAACCAGAUAAAAAACAAUGGAAAUAAAGGCACUUUGUAUAAAUGCUUACGGUUUCUCUAGUAGGAAAAUUAUAGCUUUGCUUACUAAAAAUCUACUUUUUUAAAUUCUAACACUAAAAAUGUUUUGUUUUGUUUUGUUUUACUUUCCCUUCUUUCCCUCCAGGGAAAAGCUGAUAGGUUAUAGUUAUUGGUUGGAUGAUGGGUAAAAAUAUCCUUAUUUGCCCUCUGACGUUGAGCAAGGGGAAGGACCACAAACUCCUUACUCUGAGACUGAGCAUGAGACUCCCUUUGCUGCAUGAGACUCCUAGUCAGAUUCUAGAGAGUCUCUGUUUCUGCCACCUGCUUAUUCAUAGCAAGUAAUUCCACUGACUCCAUGAAGGAGUUUUAUACUCCUCCAUUUUUGUAUCAUUUGCAUUUCCUUUUCUUUGUUAGUUAAAGGUAUACAAAUGCCUAAGAAUAAGUCCUCUCUAUGCUUAUUGAAGAUGUAACUGAACCUGACAUUCAUGUCUUUUUGAAAUUAGGGACAUUUGUCUUACAGUAGAGAAAAUAGUAUUGAUAGCUGUGCCCUGGAGAAUUAUUCUCUUUCUGAGUUAUUUUUAUAUAAUCACCAUUGGGGUUUAAAAUCAUACAGAUUGCCUAGAGAGAAAAAUAUGAAGAGAAAGUUUUUUUACUAAAAAAAUUAUAAUAUGCUGAUUUAGAAAAAUGCCCUAACUGAUAAAUUUUGAAAAUGAUGGAAAAAUAGAGAAACAACGAAAAACGUAGCUGGUGUUUUCCUUUUGUGAAACAGUGCAGUAAAAUCUAGCUAUGCCUUUAUCUUUGUUGACAGCAAAAUAUUGAUAGUCCCUCACAGUGUGUGAAUUUUAGAUCACUCUGCUUUAGUUGAGGGAAAUGUUUUCUAUCAUGGUUUUCCUAUGGAUAAAAAUUAUUUCUCAAACAUUUAUAUAGCACACUCUUCUCAGGAAUUCUGUAUUACAUGAAUGCUGCUUCUAUAUUUUCAUAUUCUAAACUGUUAUCUUUUUAAGCAAAUAACUAUUACAUAUGUGCAUGCAGUCUGCCUUGACAACUUUUUCAAAGCUGACGUACUUUCACAAUACACCAUGUGGAAAACUGCUCUAGGUCAUAUCUGAAAUAGUUUGCAAUUGUCUGAGCCUGUUCAGUCCUUUUCUGUAAAAUGCUGCUCAGUGACUGCAUGGAGACACAACUUACAAGCGCUGCACAUUCUUCCAAAGUGAUUCUAGCACAAUCUAUGUAGAAUGGAAUGAAAAGAAACCUUUUUCACUCAAUCAAUUAUCAUGUGAAAUGGUAUUUUUCCUAUAAUUUGCACAUUAAAUUUCAUCCUGCCUGUUUUUAAAAUAUUAAGUUGGUAUUUG